CAGCAUUGAAACUUUGCAAGUCCAGACCAACGAAAUUCACAACCAUUAAAACUUUUUACAGUUGCAGAGAGUAUGGAGCCACAAAUGCCACGCCCUCACGUUGAUCAAAAUUAUGACCACGAACACCUCCCUCCUAGUGUUGGGCUGCCCCCGCCCUCCGUUACAGAAGGUGAAGAAGAUGAACAACAUCAUCAUCAUCAUCAUCAUCAGGAGAAGAAAUCUGUAUUGAAGAAGGUGAAGGCAAAGGCGAAGAAGAUAAAGGAAACACUUACAAAGCACGGCCAUGGUCACGAUCACGAACAUGAACAUGAUUACCACCAACGUCAUCACAUUGACGAGGAGGAGGAAGAUGAAGAUGAAGAUGAAAUGGUGGAAGACUCAGAAGUCCAUGGCGCACCAAUGUACGAGUCCGACACAAUUAGGAGUGGUGUCAAUUUGGGAAAACCGAUGACGGUGGUGGGAGAGGAUCAUCGGUAUGAUUCUAAAUUGACAACUGAGCCGCCGCCAACAAGGCCAUUUGAGAAUUCAGGGCCUCCUCCUAUUGCCAAUGUCACGAGAAGGUCAACCGCCGUGGAGGGUUCUGAAUCUGAAUCCACCGGGAAUUUUGUGGAUAUUAAGAGGAGAGGGGGAAAUACGGGGAUCAAAAUGGGAACAUCAACAGCCCUGGAGGAGGAUCCUCGUGCCCCCCCACAGAUGUCCAAUUAUCACACCAAAGUUACCCAUCCAAACGCUGCUCCUGGUGGUGAGGAAGCUGGAAUUACUCCAAUUCUUCAGUCUUUUAAGAAAAUGAAUGUUUAUGAUAAUGAUGAAGAACCAGAAUCAAAACCAAAACCCCAAGGGGCAGCAAAUUUGUAUACAGGAAGUCAUGACAGGUUCUCUCCAGAGCCACUGCCACUACAUACCAGGACCGACCAGGAAGGUCCAGGAUCCGUCUUGAAAAGGUUUGACGCUACUAAACCCGAAGAUAUGCCACGCGACACAUUCAGCAAACAACCGUCAGAUCAAAGCAGUGGUUACACAUACACUGAGAAGAUCUCAUCUGCCACUUCUGCAAUUGCUGACAAAGCUAUCACUGCUAAAAAUGUUGUUGCUUCUAAGCUGUUGGGAUAUGGCAGUAAUGAAGACACCACAUCAACAUCAACAUCAACAAAAAACACUCGUCAAGGAGAUGAAGAAACUACUGACAAGGCAGAGUAUGGACACAAAAUUGCUGCGGCACUGACAGAGAAGCUAGCACCCAUGUACGAGAAGGUCACAGAUGUAGGGAAUUCAGUGAUGUCCAAGGUGCACAACACCUGCACCGACACUGACACCAGCACAGGACAGGAAAGAGGAGAUAGAGGGCAGGAUGGAGUGUCGGUGAAGGAGUAUUUAGUGAAGAAGUUAAGGCCAAGCGAGGAAGACAAGUUGCUUUCCGAGAUGAUAUCAGAUGCGUUGCAUAAGCGAAAACAAGAAGUGGUGGAAGAGAAGCCAAUGGGGAAGGUGACAGAGUCGGAGGAAGUGGCGAGGCGGUUGGGUAAUACUAGUAGGGGAAGCAGUGAUGAAGAUUCUUCUAGCAGGGAAGGGACUGCCGCUGAUUCUGGCAAGGCUGUGGCUGUGGCUGUGGUGGACAGACUUAAAGGUGCUAUUAGUACGUGGUUCUUCAGUGGACGAGAUCAAUCCCAAACUUCUCAACCAUCACUUGCACAUGCAGGUCAAGAACAAAUGUCAAGUUCCACAGGUGAAGAAGUUGGUUAUGUUCAUGGGCAAGACGAUGGUGUUGGAGACCGCUGACUCUAGGAAUCAGCUAACGGAGCUGAGCCGAGCUCUUGGAAAAGUUGGUUGUGUUCUCUUGGACUGAUGAAGCGUGUUUGCCAGUUGUGUGUUUUGAGAUGAAUGUUUUUAAUAAGUGAAAGUGAAUUGACACUUA